AUGAGGUGGCUGUUGAGUCAAUUGGUGUUAUUGGUGAGUAUUUUUACCUUUAAACUAGUGCUUGCAUAUUCACCAGAUGUUUCGUUGGUAUUGGUUGAGGAUGUUUACGAGCAACUUGAAUACUUUGAUGACUCACCCACGGUUAUUUCCUUGAGAGGAAAUAUGGUAUUUAUUUCCAACGAUGACGGGAAACUGUUUAAGCAAGUUGAUGAGAUUAAAGAGCAUGUGGAAAGUAUUGUAUUUGACCCUUUUUGGAAAGAUCGUGCUUUUUUACUUACCAUGACUAAAACCCAUUAUUUCACAACAAAUAAGGGUAAAACAUGGUCAAAAUUCGAUACUGAGCUUUUUGAUAUGUCUGAAGAGAAUACCUUUGUUACGCCUCCUCAAUUGGAGUUUAAUGCUGCAGAUGCAAAUUUAUUAUUGAUAUACAACUCUCGAUGUUACAAGCAAAGAGAUGCUUCUAGUUGCAAGUACAAGUAUUUCUAUACUACCGAUGGAUUCAAAAAAGUAUCCAAAAAAUUGCCUAUUGAUGCUCAUGUUUGCAGGUUUUCAAGAUCAAGCAAAAACUCAGAGAUUGGUGAAAAAAGUUCACUUUUUUGUUCAGAGAAUAAGCUAAACUCAUUUGGAUAUAUAGUACUGUCGAGAUUGGUUAAAUCAAAAGAUUUCUUCAAAUCAUCCACAGAGCUCCAUUUAAGCAAUGCAGGAAACGGCGCAAUCAUUGAUAUCAAAGUAACCGAAACUUUUAUGACAAUUGUCCUGAGAUUGGAUAAAUACAGUGAGCAAUCAAAGAUCAACAUGUUCAUCACACGUGAUGGAAUUACGUUUUUCAAAGCCGAUUUGCAAAUUGAUAUCAAAUAUGGAGUCAUGUCCUUUUUGGACUCAUCUCCUUCGUCACUUUUUGUCCAAACUAUGAAUUUCAAGAGUAGAAAAAUGCUGAUUGCUGAGUUAUUUAGAUCCGAUUCAAACGGUGUUCGUUAUAAAAAGUUGCUAGAUGAUGUUGCAAAUGGAAUGGUUAUGAAAAUUGAAAACAUCGAUGGCGCUUGGUUAGCGAACAUUGCUGUUGAAAAAUUAGAUGAAAACGAAGACGAACCAAAAUCGUUUCUCGAUUAUUUUUUUGGUGGCAGUUCCUCCAAGAGUGUAGUCACCAAAUAUUCCUUUGAUGACGGAGAUACUUGGAAUUUAUUGAAAUCAAAUGAUGAGAGAUGUAAAAUUGAAGAUGGAUGUUCUGUACAUUUAAUAUCAACUGGGGAAUUAGUAGGAGACAGAUUCGUAACUGGACCUACGCCAGGAAUUUUAAUGGGUGUUGGUGUGGAGGGGAAACAGCUAAAAAACAUGUAUCGUAGCAUGAAUACAUAUAUUUCAAGAGAUGGUGGUGCUUCAUGGGACUUGGCUUUGGAGUCUGCGUGUACUUUUUCAUUUGGUGAUCAAGGUAAUAUCAUAAUUGCUGUGCCGUAUACCGGAGCUGUUGAUGAUGAAGCAGUUGAUUUUUUCCAUUACUCCUUAAAUCAAGGAAAAGACUGGGAAACAGUGAAUUUGGAAAAACUGAUAUAUGUUUCGGACAUAUUGACUACAAUUGAUGGAACGUCGCGUAAAUUCGUAAUCACAGGUAUACACCAAGAGGAGAAUGGGGAUUCUCUUUCAGUGAGAAGAGCAAACUAUCAUGUUGAUUUUUCAAAUGUAUACGAUGGGAAAAUUUGUCAAGAUAGUGACUAUGAAAAUUUUUAUGCUAGGCAAGUUGGGGACAGCAAUCUGCCUACUUGUGUUUAUGGACACAAAGAAAAGUUCAAGAGAAGAAAACAAGAUGCACAAUGUUCUGUGAACAAAUUGUUUGAAGAUGUCAAGGCUAUUGAAGAACCAUGUGAAUGUAGUGAGGUUGAUUUUGAGUGUUCGCUAGGAUUCAUGCCUAGUCAAAAGGGAGGUAACAAAUGUAUUCCAGAUCCAAGAGAGCUUGCAAAAUUAUGUCUCUCGGAAAAGGAGCUCCGUAUAUAUGACAAGAAUUUAAUCAAUGGUAAUCAAUGUAAAUAUGGGUCUAAAAAGCUAGAGGAUUUCAGGACUUUGGAAGCUAUAAAGUGCUCUGAUUACGUGAAUCCAGAUGGGGAUUCAGUUGGCGAUGAGCAAGCAAUCCAAGUUCAUCUCAAUGAAAUUGAGGGAGGAUUAAUGCAAUAUGCUUAUGUUGGUACAGAUGAUGACAAACUUGCUGAUAACGUUGUUUUGCAAACUGCAGAUUCCCACGCGUAUAUUUCAAAUAAUGGUGGUAUUUCAUUUGUAAAAGUACCCGUGCAUGAUAAAAUUACUGGCUUUUUCACAGGAACUGUUUCUGGUCAAGUUAUUCUCGUUACUGACUCAGACAAAAUUUACGUAUCUGAUGAUGGGGGUGCUUUACUCACUACAGUGAAAGUUCCAGCUAAGUUCAGCUCAUCUGUUUUUAGGCCUGUUGGUUUCCACGCCACUAAUACCAAGAAAUUUAUAUGGUUAGGCGAAGCAUGCCUGGGUGGUGAUUGCAAAACAACAGGCUAUUUUACCAGCGAUGAAGGUACAUCAUUCAAAAAACUUCUUGAAGAUGUCGUGAUGUGCGAUUUUGUUGGGGCUAUUUUUAAGGAACCAGCUGAUAAUUUGAUUUUUUGUUCCAAAGUUGCAGAAGACGGGAAAAAAAGCUUAUGGUCUAUAAACGGACUGAAACAGCCAGAAAUGAUUUUUGAUAACAUUGUUGGGUACGCAAUGACUGGAAGUUACGUCGUUGUUGCUGUUAUUAAAGAUGGCUCACUCGAAGCCAAAGUCACUGGGGAUGGUAAGACAUUUGCCGACGCUGAUUUCCCUAAAGAUCUUAAAGUGAAGGAGCACCAAGCAUAUACUGUGUUGGAUUCAAGUGCAGGCUCAAUCUUUAUGCACGUUACUACUAGCUCUGAAGAUGGUUUCGAGUAUGGUACGCUUUUGAAGUCCAAUUCAAAUGGUACUUAUUUCGUUACAUCGUUAGAGUAUGUAAAUCGAAACAAAGUAGGAUACGUUGAUUUUGACAGAAUUGAAGGAUUAGAGGGCCUUAUUAUGGCGAAUGUUGUGGCAAAUCAUCGCAAUGAAAAAGCGCCAAAAAGAUUACAAACACUUGUAUCGAGAAAUGAUGGUAGUGAGUGGGAUUAUUUGGUUCCGCCAGCUGGUGGCAAUUACAAAUGUAGCGGAUCUUCGCUUCUGAAAUGUGCAUUGCAUUUGCAUGGGUUUACCGAACGACAAGAUUAUAGAGAUACUUAUUCGUCUGGAUCAGCAAUUGGUUUCCUCAUUGGUGUUGGAAAUGUAGGAGAAUAUUUAACCGAUUAUGAUGAAGCAUCGACGUUUUUGAGUAUUGAUGGAGGAGUUACUUGGAGUGAAGUUAAAAAAGGUGUAUAUAUGUGGGAAUAUGGCGACCAAGGUACAAUCUUGGUAUUGGUCAAUGCGAAUGACGAAACCGAUACAUUAUUAUACUCGCUAAAUGAAGGGAAAUCGUGGAAUGAGUAUAAGUUCUCAGAUAACAAAGUGCGAGUAUUAGACUUGGCCACUGUUCCAACUGAUACAUCACGUAAAUUCCUUAUAUUUGCAGCGCAUCCAAAAGAUAUCAGAGACACGUUAUCAUUUUCCAUUGAUUUCACAAAUAUUUACUCGCGUCAAUGUCAGUUGGAUUUAGAUAAUCCUGAAAACGACGAUUAUGAAUUUUGGUCACCAUAUCAUUCAAAUGGUGAAGACAAAUGUUUAUUUGGGCACGAGUCAAAGUAUCUACGUCGUUUACAAGAGCGCAGUGAUUGUUUUAUUGGUGCAGCACCAUUAUCUCAAGGAUAUAAACAAAUAAGGAAUUGUUCAUGUACAAGACGUGAUUAUGAGUGCGAUUUCAAUUACGUUCGAGACCCGCUGGAUAACACGUGUAAAUUGGUACCGGGAUUAACAGCAGGUGAUCGCAAGAAGGAUAUGUGUAGUAAGCCAGAUGCAUUCCAGUAUUUUGAUAGUACUGGGUAUAGAAAGAUUCCAUUAUCUACUUGUCAAGGUGGUAAACAAUUUGACAAGUGGGAAGCAAAAGCGUGUCCCGGAAAGGAGAAAGAGUUCAACGAGCAUUAUGGAAGGGAAGUUAAAGGAAGCAAGCUUUUCUUGACAAUUUUUGUACCUUUGCUAAUAUUUUUGUCAGCAACUUGGUUUGUAUAUGACCGUGGCAUUAAGAGAAAUGGAGGUUUCCAGAAAUUGGGACUGAUAAGAUUAGAUGAAGAGAAUUUUGACGACGGAUUCAAUCCAAUUGAAGAGACUCAGGUUGAUGUAGUUGUUAAUAAGAUUGUUAAAGGAGGUAUACUCACCGCCGCCAUAGUUAUUGCCACUUUUAAAACGAUACGUAAAGUGGAUAGAAUGUUAUUGGAUAAAAUUGGUAAUGUUAUAUUCAGAAGAAGUCCCGGUCGGAGAAACUACGUGAGCAUACCUGAAGAAGAUGAAUUAUUUGGAGAUUUUGAAGAUGAUGUAGAUGAGGAAUUGGAAAAUGGCGCAAGAUUAAAUCGACAUCGCAAUGGUGAGGAUAUUUUUAGAGACGAUGACAUUGAUAUUGUACAGCAGCAACAGCAGCAGCAGCAGCAGCAGCAGGAAGAGGCGGAGGACAAUUUGGCAGGCGGGGUGGAUAAUCCAAAUAGCGUAAACAAGAGUGCAUUGUCAGAAGAAAAUGAAAGACUUUUUGACAUUGACGAUGGGGAAGAGGAUGAUGAUGAAGAGGGCGACGAUGUGGUGGAGGACGAUCGAUUGGGACCAGAAGAGAAUCAAUAA